AUGAAGCCCGUCAUCUUCGCUACCGCCUUCGCCACGCUCCUGACUCCAGUUGUCUCACGUUGCUCCAUGGAUAACCGCUGGUGCUACUGGAUCGGAACCGCUCCCUUCUGCGAAAGUACCAAGUUCAAUAUUGGAGAGAUUGACGAGACCGGCAAAGUCCUCAAGGCCUGGACCAAGGAUAAGGACCGCGCAGAUCUCUGUACUCGUUUCAACCAUGAUGGCGAUAGACCUAGCUCGAACUGCUGCAAUGACUACGGAUCAAGCUGCUGGAGCGGAUACAAGAGGCUUUGGUGUGAGGUUGAUGAGUAA